GCGUGUCGGUUUCUCCCUGCCUUCUGCAAUUUCUUUUCUCUGCAUCUCCUCAUGCUCUCCGAGUGUUUCAUCGCGUCGACGCUGGCGUCCAGCAAAGCGCCAGCGUCUGCGAGCCUCCGAGAUGUGGGUGUUUGCGUGCAUGAAUUCCAGCCUACGCUGAACCUGCGCUCCACCUUCAAGAAGAGCUCGACGGCUGCCAAUUGUCUGGCCGUGAGCCCGUCGCAUGUCUUCGCCGCGCAGUCCGAAAAAGCCAUCGUACAUGUAUAUAGCAGGGAGAAAGGCAACCAGGAGGCGACCGUUCCUUUCCCGGAGCGCAUCCGCAGCAUUGCCGUCGCGGGGGGGAAGAAUGGUGAUGUCCUGGUUUUGGGCACCGAAGGUGGACGGUUGAUUCUGUGGGAGACAUGCACCGGGCGACAAGUGGCUACGACAGCGUCGCAUCUGCGGCCAGUGACCGCUCUCGUGGUCGAUCCUAAUUCCAACUUCAUCCUGUCGGGCUCGUCCGAUGCCAGCGUCCAUGUCUGGUCGCUGGUGGAUCUCUUAUCCUUCACCAAACCCCCAUCUGGCCGUGAUCGUCAACCCCCGAACUCUCCCAUCCGCACCUUCUCCAACCACCGCGCCGCCAUCACCUCUAUCGCCGUGGGCCACAGCGCUGCCCGAUACAACAUUGCCGUGUCUGCCGCGCAGGAUAACACAGCCAUUGCCUGGGAUUAUCACACCGGCCGCCUCUUGCGCACAUUUCUCUUGCCAUCCAACGCGAUCUCUCUCGCGCUUGAUCCCGCCGACCGGGCGUUCUACGUCGGCUACGAAGAUGGAAGCAUCCAGUCGAUUGACUUCUACAAGAACCAGUCCAUUCAGCACCCUCUCCACGACCCCUCUCUUCAGUCCACUCCUUCGCAGCCACCGGCAGAAGACCGCUGGGCACCGCCGUCUACCGACUGUGGCGCAGCGCAUGCGCUCACCCUCUCCUACGAUGGCAUGACCCUUCUCUCUGGCCACCAGAAUGGCAAGGUUUUGUCAUGGGCUGUUGGACGGAAGAAAUACUCCUCUACUGCGGCCGACUACACGCACCCCGUCACAAACCUGUUCAUGCUCCCUCCCAACGGCAUCCCUCACCCUUCUCUCGACCUCAAGCGGGUAGCACACACCAUCAUCAAACCCCGUUACGACCAUACUCUGUCCGAAACCUCCCAAGCGGCCGGCACCGUCCCUGCUGAUUACACUUUCAGCACUCACUUCCUUCCUUCAAUCUCGUCAAAAUCCGACUCUCCCAAACCCGACGAAUUCGCUGCGGCCUUUUCCCACGCUUAUUUCCCCGAGUCUAUGCUCGAAGAAGGUCUCGCGGAAUUAGCCGCCUUCGGCCAGUCCGGUAGCAACGGAGCUCCAGUCUCAUCGAUAGCACAGGGGAUAAGUGACGACGAGUUGGCGGCCAAGGAUUCUCAAAUAUCCCAACUCGAGGAGCAACUCGCCGUGUUGAAGAAGAAAUCGACCAUCAACGAGACCGCCCGCCAAUCUACAACAGAGGAAGUAACCCAGCUCCGCUCCGACCUGGCCAACCUCCACGACUACAUCAACGAGCUUCACGAAAAGCAAGCACAAGCCCAAAGGGAGAAGGUCCUCCGACAGGCCCGGAAAGAGGAGCGCGAAACCCGCCGCCGGGAAGCCUGGUUUGCAGCCGAGAAGAAGGGCAAGAAGGGUGAUGCGGUUCUCCGCAAGAUGGACGCCGAGGAUACCGUUAUGACAAGUGACACGGAUGACCAGAGCAGUGACGAGUAGUAGUGUGCUUUUUCUUUCGACCAACUCCAUCAUCACCUCCCUCUAACCCUCUAUAAAACGAGAUCUACGGUACCAUCAUCUACACCACCAUCUCAUCUUCGUUCACGAUAGAGUCUGCAUUCAGACCCGGAUAUUUCCGACAUCAUUCGGCAGGCGCAACGGUCAAAAAAAAGUUCCCAGUGACGGGGAGGUUUCAUCGUAGACAGACCACAUCACAAAUAUCUUCUACACUACACUACAGUGGUACUUGCACUUGGCUAGACACGCAGCAUUGUAUAUAAAUAAUACACAAAAGUUUAUCAUG